AUGUGUAAUCGUCGAAUAUAUACUUUUGCAUUUGUGUUGAUGCUGAUUAAUUGUGUACCAGUAAGCUUGAAAAACUUGGACGUUGUGCAUUCCGGAUGGUCUAACAUAAAGAGCAUGAAUCGAGUGCGUCUGUUCCACACUGCAUCUUUGUUAAAAGAUGGAAAGCUCUUGGUUGUUGGUGGAUCUGACUAUCCAGAUGCGGAAGUGUAUGAUCCAGUGACAGGAAAUUGGACAAUGACCGAAAGUAUGAGUAUACCACGAAUUUGGCAUACAGAGACUGUCUUAGAGAAUGGAAAAGUGCUCAUUACCGGUGGACAGGAUGAGGACGUGAAUUAUUUGAAUACUGUUGAGUUGUGUGAUGCAUCAGAGAGAAAAUGGAAAAGAGUUCCCCACAUGCGGUAUAAACGAAUCUGGCAUACAGCGACUCUUCUCAAAAGUGGUAAAGUAUUAAUUGUUGGCNUAAAACUCUGUUUUCUUUUCAAUUCAUAUCUGAUAAUCAAACAGUUAGCGUUAUUUCGAAAUAUCGAAAACAUAUCUCUUGAUAUGAACAAGGAUUUAUUAAUUAUUCGAAAUAAUCUCUUCAACAAACAUGUUAACAUCAUUUACGUUUAUAAAGCAUUUCAAUGA